GCUUCCGGCGCGGGGCGGGGAGAAGAACGCGAUGCCGCCACCGUCUCUCCCGCUGCUGCUCCUCCCCUUCUCUUCCCCAAACCCUCUCCCCACCGCCGCCUCCCGCCUCCACGCGCCCACCAAACCCCUCGCCCUGUCCCCGCGCCGCUGGCCACUCGUCUCCUCCUCCUUCGCCGUCGCCGCCGCCGUCAACGACGACUACGACGACGAGGAUGUCGUCCUCGGCGACUGCCUCGUGUUCGAGGACGAGGCCUUCGAGGACCCCGCCCUCGACCGCGGCCGCCGCCCGCCGCGACGACGACGGGCCACCUCUCGCGCCGGCAGCCUGGUCCCGGAGAGGUGGAGCGACGCCGUGGAGGAGAUCAACCUGACCAAGAAGGAGAAGCGCCGCAUCGCGCACGGGCUGCGCUUCAACAGCCGCCUCGACCGCCGGGUGCCCUCCGCCGUGGCUGCCCCCGACGAGUACCGCGCCUACCGCGAGGGCCGGCUGGACGCCGAGCUCGGGCACGUCGCGCGGGACUACGUGGAGCCGCUCGAGGACAAGUCCCGCGCGCGCCGCGACACGGACCCUGGGCGGGUGUAUCGUGACCACAUCGACCUGCCCGAGGAGAGGUCCCGCGGGACGGAUAUGGUGGAGGAGGCUCCGCCGCCUCCCGAUCCUGGGACGCGCGUCGCGCCGAGGAAUCCGAGGAUGGCCAUGGCCAGGGGCGGCCUUGAGGACAUUGCGGAGCUGUUCAGCAGUAGCCAGUAUGUGACGGGCGAGACGGAUGAUGCCAAGAGCGCGAAAAGUCGCCGGAAGCUGUUCACGGAUGAGGAAAAGGCUCUUCUGAACAAGAGAUUACCUGAUCUGGAAGCUGCAGCUUCUAGUAAGUGGCUGCCACUUCACACCCUUGCUGCAUCAGGAGACUUCUAUCUAUUGGACAAUCUUCUGAAACAUAAGGUGGAUGUAAAUGCCCUUGAUAAGGAUGGCUUGCCAGCAAUUCAUAAAGCAAUUAUUUCGAAGAAGCAUGCUAUCAUCAACUAUCUCUUGAGGAAUUCAGCGAAUCCAUUCAUCUAUGAUAAAGAUGGUGCAACCCUUAUGCAUUAUGCUGUCCAGACAGCAUGCAAUCAGACGAUAAAGACUCUAUUGCUAUACAAUGUUGACAUCAAUCGCCCAGAUGAUUAUGGCUGGACACCAUUGCAUCUAGCCGUGCAAACACAGAGAACCGAUAUUGUGAGGCUACUCUUAUUAAAAGGUGCUGAUAGAACUUUGAAAACACAAGAUGGAUUGACUCCUUUUGACUUAUGUCUCCGAUUGGGUCGUCAUUUGAGGACAUAUGAGCUUAUCAAAUUACUCAAAAACUUCCGACUGCCAAAACAACAUGACUCCUAUUAACUCACAGAUGGUGUGUGACCCUGCCAAUGUCACAAGUUCAUUUUUAGAGCUGCACUAGCUGCUAUGUAGCUUCCUGCAGUGUAUGAUGGAAUUGCUUCCAGUUGCAGAUAGAAUGUGGUUGCUGCUGGAAGGAAAGAACCUACCUGGGUUACGGUCUAGCCAAGAAAACUGUCACGCCUGAAAGCUGCAAGGCUAAUCGUUCAUGUCAUAAUGGUCAAUGGUAUAAUGUCAUAAUGGUCAAUGGUGUAAAUAAACUAGAGGUGAGCCAUUGAGCUGUCACAAACUCUGCAUAGCCCAAUCACUGUUGCCAUUUGCAUAUGUAUGAGUUCAGAAUGGCAUUAUCUUGUUUUUCUGGGCUGUUAAAAUAUUGUUAGGUCAUAAGUAUAGCAUCACAUAAUACAAAUAGUCCAUUCAUCAA